AUGCCGUAUGAGAAUGGUGGGGGCAAAAGGCGUGUGAUUGUGGGGUGUCACAACAACCAAAAAAGGCUUCUUCAAGCAGAACCAGUGUCUGAUGAACCAGUGUCUCGUGCAGAACCAGUGUCGAGUGAUGCUAUUAAUUACGACCUAUUAGCUGCAGCAAUCUUAAGACAAUCCCAAACUUUGUCCCAAAACCAGACAAAUUCGAGUGAUACCACCAUGGAUAUCCUGCAGCCACGUGUUCAAAACCAGGGUGAUAUCGAAGCCCACGCUCAUCCAAUGGCAAGUCAGCAAACAACAAUAUCAACAGUUAGUGACAACCAGCCUCAGCAAAAUAUUGCAGACUUAGUUAGUGCGUUAUUACAACAAGACGGUCAAGGUGAGCCAGCAACUGCCAAUCUUAAAAAUGUUAUUGAUUUAUCUGAUGGGAUUCCUCUUGGGGCUGCAACACCUCAUCGAUUAAAAGCUAAGAUCUGGGCAAAUCAAUUUAUUGAUUUAGGUUUGCUGUUGCAGCGUCGAGAGGAUCCUAUUUCGUUAAACAUAUCUUCUGGGUCCCUUAUUGUACAGCAAGGGUCAUCAAAGCCCAAAUUGCCAAUGUCAAUUCAGCAUUGGACUGAUGCUUUUUUGAUUUUUAUGGGAAUUUUUAUUGAAAAAUAUCCAGAACAGGCUCCCCAUCUCCUAAAGUACUGCUAUUUUGUUAGGGAAAUGAACAAAAUGUUAGGAGAUAAGGCCUGGAGAAUCUAUGAUGAGAAUUUUCGGAUGUUGAAAGAGACUGUUGAAUUACCGUGGCAAAAACCGGUUAAAGAAUUAAGAAUCAAGGCUGCUUCUAGCAAUUAUCAAUUUCAGCAGCCCUUUCGAGCAAACACAGGCAAUAAGCCUAUUAGAUUCUGCUAUGCCUUUAACAAUAGAGAACAAUGCACUCAUAACCCCUGCUCAUUUGCCCACAGGUGUCAAUCAUGCUCAGGAUCACAUGCAAGAGCCAAUUGUAGAUUUCGUAAACAAAAACCAACAAAUACCAACACUGACACCAAGUCCUCAACAAUCACCCAGCCAACUACCUUCCCCAGUCAACCCAAAAAGUUUAGGUGAAUUUUUAGUUGAUUAUGACAGUGAUCAGGCUUCGUACUUGAUAAAUGGCUUUACUCAUGGUUUUAGAUUAGGUUGUACUUCUGCUCCUUCAUCAUGUGUACCUCAAAACCAUAAAUCCACAUUAGAUCACCCAGACAUUAUAGAAGACUAUAUACAAACAGGGUUAAACAAAGGAAGAAUCGCAGGUCCAUUUUCAAACAAACCUUUUGAACAAUUUGUGGUAUCCCCAUUAGGUUUAGUGCCAAAAGGCAGUACAGGAAAAUUUAGGGUAAUUCAUGAUCUUUCAUUCCCUAAAAUCAAUCAGUAAAUUCCAAUAUACCAAGAGAAAAUUCAGCUGUUCAGUACGAUUCCAUAGAUCAGGUGGUUGAUUUAGUUCAAAAGUUUGGGCGUGAAUGUUUAAUGGAAAAGACUGACAUUGAAGAUGCUUUCCGGAUCAUACCUAUUCAUCCAGCUGAUUACUACCUGCUAGGGUUUACUUGGGAAGGUCAAUACUAUUAUGACAAAUGUCUUCCUAUGGGAGCGAGUAGUAGCUGUCAAAUCUUUGAAUCAUUUAGUUCUGCUCUCCAAUGGGUCAUGGAAAAUGUCUUCAAUGCUUCGGGUAUGUCCCAUAUUUUAGAUGAUUUUUUCUUUGUGGGACCCCCAAAUUCAAUAACCUGUAGAAACGAUCUUGCUAGUUUUUUUAUUUCUAUGUAAAAAAAUUGGGGUGCCAAUAAAGAUUGUCAU